UUUCUAUAAGUUCUUCCAGCAUGACGCCGCAGCUUUUUGACAAGCUAUUGAGCUUUGUCGCAGAGGACCUCACACGGCAGCACCACAUUCGAGAACCCCUGGAGCCUGGAGAACGACUUGCUAUAGCAUUGAGCUACUUGGCAUCCGGGCAAGACAUAAAAGACGUUGCCUUGGCUUACCGUGUGGGGAUUGAGACGGCUAGAGUGUGCAUUCAUGUGGCCUGUCGAGCAAUCUGGGCAAGGCUCAAAGACCACUACAUGAAGAAGGAACACUGCCCAGCGUCCCUUGCUUGUGACUGCCUGCUGAGGGCAGCGAUGUUUGUGACUGCUGCCUGCUGUGGUGUGCCUCAGAAGUCUCCGGAACCAGCACAUCUUGAAGCACCGGUGAUUCCAGAGAUUCCAAAAUGUCCUGGGAUUCCAGUGACUCAUGUGACACCGUAGACAGUGUCGCUUGCGACGCUUCACCGGAUGGUGACGGCACCUCAAGCGAUGCCAGAUCAGAAAACUGGCACAUCUUUGUUAAAAUGUCCGCAGCGCUUUCCUCCUCACUCGAUGGGGGCACAGAUGGAAGGUUGCCUGAUGUCCUGCAUGUGAGCGUAUUAAGGUUUGCACAUAUUGCAAAAGUGCAAAUAAUGUGCCGGUCUAAGGGCAAAAAUAUGUAAUGGCUCAAGCCCAUCCACAUUUGUUUUAAGGUGUCAUUUUAUUAGAAAGCAACGCCGAAACUCUGAGUCAGUUUUGUAGAGCUUGCGUACACAACCAGAAUGAACAUUUUUUGCAUGCACUGAAAUGUAGCUUUUGUAUUUUUCUUUUUUUUUUGCUUCUCAUACAUUUAAGCAGUUCCCCAUGAGAUCUGCGUGCCUAACGCCUAGUGAUACCUUGUACUCGAAAGAGUGCAUAUCUGGAAUGCUUCAGUUUCGAAAUACAUCAAUUAGCAUUCCACUACACUUAAUCAGUGUGCCCACUUAAUAAAUUUCAUAUUGAAAGAUGUAUGUUUCUACUCUCUCAACAUUCAGUAAUAGUAUUGUUAUGUCAUGUUUUAACAUGAGGCUUUUUCCUGUUGUUACAGUUUCUUACUUGAAAUGUUCUCGGCUUGUAACUGUUUUCCUUUCAUUUGUUUUUAAACUUCACGCCAUACUAAACUGUUUUUCUUAAUUCAGUGUAUGUAUAAACACAGUGCAAAGCUAUGUAAAAUGUAGCAGUCAGUGCAGUUGUUGUUUGUAUUUAGGAAGUUUUGUAUAAUCAUGUUUGUCACCUUGCCAUCUGCCAUGCAAGGUUUUUUGUUGGCCCAGUGAAGCUGAUUUUAGCGAGCGAAACCCUCCAGAAGGUUUCUUAAACAAAAGCUUUCUUUGCCUCUUCUUUCGACUUUCCCACCGCUGCUGCUGCUGUUUUGCCAAAUAGGUCUUACUUAAGGCAUUAUACUGAAAUUAAUGUAGUCGUUGAACCACUGUCAUCCCUGCUGACUGCCGGCUACAGUCUUGCACGAGUGACCACUACCGGACAUAGUGCAAAUACCGGAUAUAAUAACGUAAACAGAUCGUGGUUUAGACACGUAAAAUUCCAGUAAUAACUUUUUCCACAGUGCAAAUAAGAGUAAACUGGAUCGUGUAGUCUCUACUGGGAAAUGUCUGCUAAGCAGUAACAGCGUUCUCCACAAACAUUGUGAAAGCAUUGCUUAAACCAAUAACCACAUCGCUUGGGAUCCACAAAGUCACCGCAGGCUGAUAAUUAGGUAAGGACACCGCUGAGCAGACACAAAAACCAGCAUUAUCAAUCACACAGCUGACAAUGCCGUCAAUACUUUGGUGCAUUUAUUCCUACAGCAUGAGGGCACUGAAUGAAUCCUUGAGCGAGCUAGGUAAAAUUUGAUUGUUUGUGAUGGAGCACUGAUUUGCACAGGGCUGGCUAGCAACAAAACGCAAAAUUAAAGCUGCUCAUUGCAGUGCCCCAGACAGACGUGAAUAUAGCAAUAUUCAAUGCGCGGCUAAAUACUGCUAUGCACUUGCACGCUGCCUUUUAGGAUCAGUGCAUAGAAUCAAAGGAAACCACUUGCACCUAACACAACGCAUGCCUCUUGUGGUAUGAAUGACUAUUGCCAAAGUUUUUCUUUUUUUUUUGUGUGUGUGUGUGUGUGUGUGUGUGUGUGUGUGUGUGUGUGUGUGUGUGUGUGUGCGCGCGCGCGCAUCAGGCAAGUCCUUUUCUUUUAGAUUGUCCUGCUAGUUUGUAUGUGCUAUUCUCUGCACUUCUGUCCUGUGCUUUAUUAUAUUAGGUUUUUAUGUGCUACUUUAGGUGUUAUUUUGUACUUGUUUUUCUGCUUUCUCUGCUCCCCACUGCAAGCAAAAACCGGCUUUGUGGGUACCUAAAUAAAUAUACAAAACUA